GACCCUCUCGGCCUCUUACCCUCAGACUGCUGCACUUGACAAACUUGUCUGUUUCUACUGCUGCACAGCUCUCUCCUGUUAUCACCUACCGACAAUGUCCAGCAUCCUCAAAGUGUUCCUGCUCCUGGCCGCGCUGGUCUGCAUCUCCACAGCCCAACUAAACGAAACCGGACAGCAAUGUCUGUGUCGGCGUGUGAGGAACGGCAUUGCUGCAAAUUCUGAAGUCAAGGACAUCCAGAUCUACCCAGCAACUAUCUUUUGUGACAAAGUGGAGAUUGUUGUGACCAUGAACAACGGCUAUCGCUUGUGCCUGAACCCCAAACUGAACGCAGUCCAAAAGAUGCUGGCUAAAGUCAUGAAGAAGAAAGCCCCUGCCACAACAGCCAGCCAAACCGUGCUUACCUCCAACCCGACCAGCACAGCCUGAGUAUCUCCUCAGGCCUCAUCAACGAAGCUCCUAUGACCUCUGACCCCUUACUGAGGGCACCGUCAUCGAAUGUAACCCCAACAAUGCAACAUUUUCUUACUAUUUAUCCUGUAUUUAUAGCCACAUCUGUUUCCUUUCUGCUUGUUUGUUACUGUAAAUAGACCUAUUUGAGGUGUUUCUUUUCAUUUUUAUAAAAAAUAAAUAAAGAGCCGUCAAACGGG